AUUUUAUUUUUUUAUUAUUCUAAUAUAUUUUUUUAUUUUUUUAAAUCACAAUUUACGUUCUCAGAUACGCGGCGCCACAGUCACUUCAAAGGCCUGAAAGUAAUCAACUUCAGGUUCACAAGUAAGGUUCUUCAGAAUGAAGUAGACGAGGCGUUCCUCAACAUCCACGUCCAGGAGUUGGAGCAGCGGCUGAACGUGACGUUGGGGCCAGAGGAAUUCUUCUCAAUAGGUUUACAAGUGAACAGGGUGACGAGGAACAGUCAGGGUAGUAAAGCUUCUGUGCCAUACACGGAGAGCUCAAUAAAGAUGUCCAGAAAAGAACUGAAGAUCGGGAGAUGGGUCAAGUUGAAUGUGACUAAUAUGGUGGCGGAAUUCUUCAGGCUGCCGAGGGAGAACCUAGCUAUAGUUGUGAGAGUACAAGACUCCAAGAAUAGGAUGAGUUUGGUGGUACCACAUCCAAGCUCUGAAUCAAAUAAUGCUUUGAUGCCAUAUAUAGAAGUAAGUCUUAGAGACAAUACACACAAACGUACAAGAAGAACAAUUGGCAUGGAUUGCACUGAGAAUUCUAAAGAAGUCCGCUGUUGUCGGUACCCGCUGUCGGUAAACUUCGAAGAGUUCGGUUGGGACUGGAUAAUAGCACCGAAACAGUACGAUGCUAAUUAUUGCAGUGGCGAAUGCCCAUACAGUUUCCUUCAGAAGUACCCACAUACACAUUUAGUUCAUUUGGUAACGCCCCAAGGCAGCGGUGGUCCUUGCUGUGCCCCUCGCAAGAUGAGCAGCAUUUCUAUGUUAUAUUUUGAUGACGAUCUUAAUAUUAUCUAUGGUACGAUACCAGGCAUGGUUGUCGAAAGCUGUGGAUGUUCAUAGCACCUCUACGGAAAUUGCUUCAAGUGACU